UGCCCGAGCCGCGGUUCCGCAAAGGGGAUACGGCAGCGCGGUACCGCUGAAGGGUGUGUGUGUGCGUGUGUGUGUGAGUGUGUGGCCCGCCCUCUGGAGCGGUGCAGGGCAGGGGUUUAAACUGCUUUAACCGUCGGCUCGGUCCAGCGUUGGAAGGUGAGGAAGAGAGAGGGAUUCAAGGCGGUCAGAGAUUGCACAAGAGCGGAUUGCGCGUUUGCUUUCCCCCGCCUCUUGGGUUACUACUAUGAUAGAGAGCAUGGCAGAGAGCAUGGCGUCUAGGGAUCCCCCAUGCACCGGAGACCCAUUCCGGCGCCUGGGCCCUCGUUGACGGGCUCAUGCCCCCCUCUUUAUCUCGCUCGCAGGCGCACCCCCCCCCCUGGCUGUGCUGUCGGUCCCAGGUUCUGGGUGAAAUGGACGCUGGGAAAUUUGGUCGGGCUGGCAGGGAAGAUAUGAAACGGGGAUGCACCCGGCGGAUCCAAGCUUGUCAAAGCCGGUCGCCCUCGAUCCACCGCCCGCUGAGUGACAGGACGAUCGCCCCCGGGGGGACAGGGACAGGACGCUCUAGGCCCUUUCCAGCCUUCGCUCUCUUUCCUCUUUGGGCGUCGCCGGCGGCCCUUUCGUGGAGCUUCCGGCCACCCGUGGGAGCUCCUCUCUCUUGGGCCAUAGCAGAAAAUCUCUGCUCGAGGCCCACACGAACGGGGAAGGAUAUUGCACGUUACGUGUAUACAGUGCAUGCCCGAGGUAUGGGAUUCCACGGCAUAUCAGCCGGCGAGAUUCUGGAGACGCUGGAGACGUUACGUAGUAAAACGUGUACUAUGUAUCCGUAUGUGCAUGUACGAUGUAUGUGUGUGGGAGACGUUUGGAGGAUUUAUGGACAAGGGGAGUCCCUUAGCCUCCGUUAGGGAAUCCGUACGGCCGGAUGCGGAAGGAGGAGAAGGCGAAGGAAGGGCCUUUUGCUCGAAUCUCUUCUCUCGGUGCUUCAGGC